UCUAAUGCCUUUCUGACUUCAUCCAGGCAGGUCAUUAUCAGGGGUAAUGGAGGGAAAGAGAGGAUGAGGGGCAGGGAGGAGGUUGGCAAGUAAUGGAGCUGGAGGAAAGUGUUUCAUGCCACAGAAACCAUUUCAACUCUAAGACCAAAAAAGGCAUCAGCAGCCCUUUUAAGCUCCAGCAUUAUCUUUUCAACUUUCCAGUGCAUACAAUACAGUAGUUCUGUGAUUUCCUGUUGGUCUCCUAUCCAAAUACUAAUCGGAUCUUCUGCUCCUGCACCUUUUCCGAAUUGGCCCAAGCACCUUCAACUGCCGGCACACGCGCGCGCCCCACCAAAUAUGUAAGGACGAAAAUCCUCACUGGUGUCAGAGUCCCUUCGCUUGUUUUCCACAGCUUAUGUUUUCUGACCGAAUCGGAAAACUAUUAGAAACCCCAAAGCUCGGAAUUCGUGCUCCUCUACACUUUUUUUCUAUCUAGAGAGGCAUAGGAGCCCUUAACCAUAGCGGCUCAGAAAAGCCAAUCAGCGACCUCUAAAGCCGACGGCCAAUGAUAUUUCAGGAAAUCGUGACGCGUGCGCCCCGUCCCGUUACUCUGCAGGGGCCAUUUUGAGUGCUGGCCCCUGCCUUUCCCAGCUGUUCAGCGCCCGCCAUAUGCUGCGGCCGGCGCUGGGCGUUCUGGCUCUGGGCUGGGCGGUCGCCUGGCUGGCGUCUCGCGGCUUCGCUCCCUGGUGGUGGCUGGGGCACAAUUGCAGCGGGGAGAUAGUCCUAACUGCCGCCGAGCUAAGCCGCUACACGGGCACCGAGGGAAGCCCGGGACUUUACCUGGCCGUGUUGGGACAGGUGUUCGACGUGCAGCAAGGGCGCAGGCAUUACGGCCCAGGAGGCGCUUAUGGCUUCUUCUCAGGGAAAGAUGCCUCCAGAGCUUUUGCCACAGGUGACUUCACCCCAGCUGGCCUCGUGGAUGAUGUUUCAGGAUUGUUACCACCACAAAUGCUGGCCAUCCAGAACUGGCUUUCCUUCUACUGUAAGAAUUACGUGCAUAUUGGCAAAGUAGCUGGACGAUUUUACCAAGAAAAUGGGGAACCUACGAAGGUUUUGAAGGAGGCCCAAGCGCUCAUCGAAGAAGGGGAGAAGCUGAAGGCCCAGGAGGCUGAGCGAAAGAACCAGUUUCCACCUUGUAACUCUGAAUGGAGCUCAGCUGGAGGAAGCAGGGUCUGGUGCUCCAAGCAGAGUGGGGGCAUCAGCCGAGAAUGGUCCGGUGUACCUAGGAAGCUCUACGAACCUGGAUCCAGUCGUAGUCAUUGCAUUUGCAUAAAGACAGAAGAGCUGUUUCCUGGGCAAGAGAAAUCAACCCAGCUAAGCAAGCAAGGAAAGUUGAACAAUCCUAACCUCCAGGAAUACGAAGGGUGUCACCCACUUUCUGAAUGGUGUGCUUUGAAAGAAUGACUCAGCCGUUUUUCACUGGAGAUUAAACACUUCUACACAAUCCAGGCAUUAAAGGAAGCCAAGGAAACUUUAACUAUGUAUUUUGACACACUGUCCUUGCCUGAAAUUUCAAUUUGAAAUUAAAAAUAGCUCUUUAGAAAUAACGGGUUUGUAAAACAUAAGGUUAAAAAAUAGGAAUUGGGAAGAGCGCUUUAAACAUUGUGUUUAAAACCAUGGAAGUUGAUGACAUGCUUCUCUACACACAGGAUUCUAGCAAUGAAGGAAGAAAGAGAGUCAUUGGCCCUGAAGAAUGGAGGUGUAAAAUGGACUCCCAGCACCUGCUUCAUAAGUCAUUGAUACCAGCAUGAACUGGAAGCAUACAUGUAGAUCACGAUUUGUGACUGAUUGCUUGCAGUUACUAUAGACCUAUCUUGGGCCUAUGGCAAGUGAGAUUUGGGCGCUCCGCAGUUGGGCAAUAUUUAUGGCCAUUUGCCAUGUCCUAUGGUCACCUGACCACUUGUAAUUGAUUUUCUAACUCAUAUAAAAUGGCUGUAUUGAUAAUAACAAGAAGACAAAAAUAAAGGUUUUCCCAUCCA